AUGUCGUUUUGGGGAGUGGAAGUGAAGGCGGGUGAGACGGUGGUGGUAGAUCCCACAGAGCAUGACUUCGACUACAUACACCUGUCCCAGGCGAGUCUUGGUGAGGUAGCCAAGGACCAUGAGCGGGUGGUGCUCAAAGUGCGACAGGUGGAGUUCCCCGAAGACUCGGAUGAUGAGGACAGUGAUGACAGCGAGGAUAGCGACGAUAGUGAUGAUGACGGCAAGGGGAAGCCGGGCAAGGGGGCGUCGAAGUCCAAGUCGUUUGCAGUGGGGCCGGAGGUUGUGCUGGGCGUGCUGGUGAAGGGGCGGGUGGACUUUGCAGCCAUGAACCACAUCUUUGACCGUCAGUUCAGCCUGGCCCACACGGGCAGCCACAGUGUGUUCUUCUCCGGCUACAAGACCACUGAUUCCGUUGGUGCUGACUCCCUGUACGAUGAGGACGAGGAAAUUGAGGAGGACGAGGAGGAAGAGGACAGUGAUGAGGAUGACGAUGAGGAAGAGGAAGACGAGGCGAUGGAAGGCAGUGAUGAUGAGGAAGCAGCAGCAGCUGCCAUGGCAGCCGAGAAAUCGUCAAAGGGAAUGGCGGCCGCUGCAGCGGCGGCUGUUGAGAAGAGAGCGCGCAUCAAGUCAGGAAAGAAAGGCACUCCGGUGCCCUCCCCAGCAAGGGGAAGAGGGGCAGCAGCAGCAGCAGCAGCAGCAACACCACCAGCAGCAACAAAGCAAGGAACUCCGGCAGCAAGAACGGAGGGCAAAGACUCUGCACCGAGGAAUGGGAAAGAAGCGACACCAAUGAAAAAAGUGACACCGAAGAAAGAGCCUGUGACGGGCAGCAAGCGGCCAUCAGUGAGCAUCAUCACUCCGCCCUCCUCGAAAGGCAAGGGGGAGAAGACUGAGCGGAAGAAACCUCGCCCUGACACCCCCGCUGCCAUCAAGACAGCAGCCAAGGUGAAGCCGCAGGCAGCUGCCACUGUAACCCCUCCUCAAGCCCAGAAGGUACUGGAAAGGUUCACCCUCUCUCCAUUCUGCUCUGAUUUCCUUGUGGAUCGUUGCAUUAGAAUGCUCCUUCCCAUGCACGGCGUGUUCAAAGAGAUUCACGUCUUCUGA